AGCCGAACGCUCGAUUUAGUGCCCCGACCACAUCCUUUACAUGGUUGUGGGAUUAUUACACCCUUUCGUAUUUUGAAUGCAUGGGAGGCACAAUAUUGCUCUCAUGUCGAAUUUUUACAGAAAUGGGUCUCUCCAACUAAUAACCAAUUACAAGGCAUUUCUUGA